AUGGCUCACAAGCCAGCAUCGUCGAACGGUCUCAUCAACAAGCUCCCUCAGAUCAAACUUCGACGCAAGCUCGAACUCCAAGGCCGAAGGAUGGCAUGUGCCUACACCAUCAACAAACAAAGUGUCUGGGCUACGUACUUGAAGCGCACGAAUCCUGUCUACCCCAAGAAACUCCAACGUCUUCGUCUUCAUACGGCACCUUCACUGAACCACAAUGCAGCAAACCUAACAUUGGAUGAUAUCGACUACUCAACGGUAUCAAAGGAAAUGGGAAAGUACGUCACCAAGGAUAGCUUCGAAGAAAGGGCGCUCAACGUCUUCACAUACAACUGCGGUUUGGAUCUCAAUACCCGAGAGGAACUUGAAGGCUACAUACCAAAGAAACGCACCGUUUACGGCGAGGAAUACGACGGAGACUCGAGCGAUGCGUCCAGCGACCAUGUCAGCGAUGAUGACUCAGAGUGCGGACUCCUUAUGGAGCAAGAAGCGACAAAGGGCACCAAAGAGAUGACUGUUGGAGAAGCCAUUGAAGUUCAACAAAGAUACUUGUGUCCUACAUUGGGCGAAGAGCAGGUCGAUCGCGAGAGGUUCUUCUUGUCCCUAAAGAAGUAUGGGCACAUUACGACAGAUCGACUUGCGGAGGUUUUGGGCAAUGAAGAAGGGCAUGCCACAUCAGAGGCGGACGCAUCAAUGAACGACUCAUCCAGUGAUAGCUCGUCCAGAAAUAGCUCUUCCGAUGACACCGACGACUCUUCCGACGAUAGUGAAGACUGA